AAGCGGCUCCCGUCAGCUCCUGACCCGGAAUCGGAUCCCAGUCCCGCCCCCUCCGCGCCAGGCUUCCUUCUGCAACAGGCGCAGGUCACGCUCUCGCUCGUUCUCUUUCUGCCGCCAUCUUGGUUCCGCGUUCCCUGCACAACAUGCCUGGUGAAGCCACAGAAACCGUCCCUGCUACAGAGCAGGAGUUGCCACAGCCUCAGGCUGAGACAGCUGUGCUUCCUGUGUCUUCAGCUUUGAGUGUCACUGCUGCCUUAGGGCAGCCUCUACCUACUCUUCCCUCUCCUCAUUCCCUGACCCCCCAACAAAGCCCUUUGGCAACUGCUAACCAGCCUCCCCCAUUCCCUUCUCCCUCCGCUGUUGCCCCUAACCAUUCUGAAAUUCCUUUUCCCCAGUCAUCCUCUGGAACAGCCCUGCCUUUGAGCAAUGCCUCUGAUACCCCAACUUUCCUACCACACCUAAUAGGACCUCCCAUCUCCCCAGCUGCCUUAGCUCUGGCCUCUCCCAUGAUAGCUCCAACUCUGAAAGGGGCCCAUUCCACUUCAGCUCCCUUGGCUCUGGUUGCCUUAGCUCCUCACUCAGUUCAAAAGAGUUCUGCUUUUCCACCUAACCCUCUUAGUUCACCUCCUUCAGUUGCUGUAGCUGAGUCAGGAUCAGUGAUAUCUCCAUCACCUCCCACUGUUCCCUCAGAACAGCCUUCUAUUCACGUUCCCUCCCAGGUAGUCCCUGAUGCAGAAGGUACCCCAAGUCCUCCAGGUAGAGUCAGUGUUGUUCCUUCCCACCUUGUAACGGCCUCUUUUCAAUCUGGAGUAUCCUCCUGUCCUCAGACACCACCUACACCCACCACUACCCUAGCCAUUACUUCCCUUCAGGUCAAAGGUAUCCCCAUUCCCUUAACUACUUCUCCACAAAACUCAGGAUGCAUCAACCUAAAGGAGCCUGUUAGUCUACCUGCUGCCUUAUCUCUUUCAACCCAGUCAAUGCCUAUAAUGACCUCUUCUCAAAAGACUGUAGCUCCCAACAUUCUCCCAAUUGUUUCUGCUUCUUUGGGCUCUCAUCUUGCACCUUUACAACAGAGUUCCUUUGGUUCUGUCCAACCUCUAGGUCAGACAAGUCCUAGUCCAUCAGAUCCUACAAUAAAUACUAUUUCUGUAGAUCAUUCUUCCAUGGGGCCCUCUUAUCCUUCUCAGAGAUCUGAAGUCCUUCCCCUUCCUUCCAGAAGUGAGGUAGUUCCUGCUACUGUGGCUACUUUUCCUCUGGCUCCAUCUGUUGGCAAAGGCCAUUCUACCAUCACUAGCAUAAUACCCCAUAAUUCUUCUGGUUCCUCAAAUAUAUCUCCUAGAGCAUCUCUCAUUCGCAAAAGCUCCCCUAACCCUGCUACUCAUCCUUUGGUAGCCCAUAGUCCUACUUCUCCAGAAAGUCCUGGCUUGAAAGAAACUCCUGUUUCUUCUGUUGGAACCACCCCACUUGUGAUGACUAACCCCUCUACAAUGUCUACAGCAUCUAUUGAGGUAGCUGUUUGUGUCUCUCCAGUUUCAUCAGGUCUCAAAGAUAGUAAAGAACAAACUUCCCCUACUGCCUUAGUUAUGACAACUUUGGCACCCAAAGAUCUUCCUACUCAAGUAGCAACCACUCUAGGGACACUAGUUCCUCCUUUGCCAGACCCUGAAGACCUCAAAAAAGUUCCCACUUCAGUAUUGGUAAAAUUCCCAACUCAAAAAGAUCUCCCGGCUAUACCUACCACUUCCAUUUCUCCAGCCCAAGCAGGACUCCCUACUAAGAAAGACCCUACUGUGCCACAAUUGACUUUGGCAGCCCCUAAAAAUUCCCCCUGUCCCCAAAAUACAUCAUCUCUUGAAAUGUCUCCUGAAGGUGCCCCAGCAAAGAAAAGCCUUGCAGGGCCUCUUCCUUUAGGUAAGCUGGGCAGUCCUACUCCCUCUCCUCUGGGUGUUAACUCCCCAGCCUCUGUAAUCAGUGCAAACCCUUAUGCAAGCCCAGACCCCCAAAGCCUCAAAAGUUCUCUCACCACCACAGUAGAGGCUGCAUUUCCUUUAGAAAGUGCUGACCCUGCUGGGGUAGCUCCUGCAACUGUCAAAGGCACUUCAACUCUUUCAACUACAGCUACCUCUUUUCUAGAAGGAACUGCCUCUUUAGCUUCUAAAAAUCACCCAGUUAAGAGUACUAACACACUUACUACUUUACCUUUAAUUGCUACAGACUCUGAAAGUUGCCCUAUGGCUACAACUACCUUAGCACUGGCUUCUGAGAUUCCCAGGUCUGUGCCUUCUCCUUCUCUUCCCCCAGCUGGGACUCCUUCGGGUGCUAAGAAAAUUGAUGGUAUUUUUCAUACCUCAGCAUUGGCAUCUGUCACUUCCUCUCUUGAAGAGUACCCAACUGAGGACUCUGGUGCUUCUGGUACUGCUUCUUCCAGAGGAACUCUGGCUGACCUAGCUGAGUCCUCAUCUUCUUUAGGGAUUAGUGUGUUUCCUCAGACUAAAAGACCUCCAACCAAGGAGGUUUCUGCUUUCCCUGAUGCUUCCAUUGGAAAUCUCUCAUCCCUUAAUUGUCCAGUUGCGGGGUCCUUUCUUCCAGUGACCAGUCUGUAUUUUCAAAGCCCUAAAGACUCACCAACCAAGAAAAAUCCUCUUACUCCUACAUCUCCCCAAGGGGCCCCUACACCCUCAAGUGUGACUCCUCCCUCUCCCAAAGAGGGCCCAGCUAUGCCAUCCUCUAAAAGGGCCCCCAUUUCUCCAACAGUAACUCCACUGUCCCCCACAGUGGGCCUCACUACCCCAGCAGUGAUUCCUCUCUCCCCCAAAGAGGCCCCAGCAAUCCCAGUACCCAAAGAAGGUCCUGUUACCAAAUCCUCCAAAGGGGAGCCCACUCCCCCAGCAACCUCAGUACCCAAAGGAGGCCCAGCUACCCCAUCUUCCAAAGAGGAUCCCCCAGUGGUGACUCCUCCAUCCAUAAAAGUCUCAGCACCCAAAGGAGGCCCAGCCACCCCAUCCUCCAAAGGGGAGCCCACUCCCCCAGCAGUGACUCCUCCUUGCCCCAAAGAGGCCCCAGCACCCAAAGGAAGCCUAGUGAUUUCAUCCUCCAAAGGGGAGCCCACUCCCACAGUGGUAACUUCUCCCCCCCACCGAAAGACCCCAGCACAACCAGCACCCAAAGGAGACCCAGCCACCCCAUCCUCCAAAGGGGAGCCCAGUUCCCCAGUGGUAACUCCUCCCUCACCCAGAAAGACCCCAGCACCCAAAAGAGGCCUAGCUGCUCCAUCCUCUAGAGAGGAUCCCACUCCCCCAGUGGUGACUCCUCCCUCCAAAAACACCCCAGCACCCAAAGGAGGUCCAGCCACCCCAUCCUCCAAAGGGGAGCCCAUUCACCCAACAGUGACUCCUCCCUCCCCCCAAAAGACCUCAGCAUCCCCAGUACCUAAAGGAGACUCGGCCAUUUCAUCCUCCAAAGGGGCACCCACUCCCCCAGUGGUGACUCCUCCUUCCCCCAAAAAGACCCCAGCAACCUCAGUACCUAGAGGAGGCCCAGAUACCCCAUCCUCCAAAGAGGAUCCCACUCCCCCAGUGGUGACUCCUCCCUCCAUAAAAGCCCUGGCACCCAAAGGAGGCCCAGCCACCCUAUCCUCCAGAGGGGAGCCCACUCCCCCAGCAGUGACUCCUCUCUCCCCCCAAAAGACUCCAGCAACCUCAGUACCCAAAGGAGGCCCAGCUACCCCAUCCUCCAAAAAGGAUCCCACUCCCCCAGUGAUGACUCCUCCCUCCAUAAAAGCCCCGGCACCCAAAGGAGGCCCAGCCACCCCAACCAAAGGGGAGCCCACUCCCCCAGCAGUGACUCCUCUCUCCCCCCAAAAGACCCCAGCAACCUCAGUACCCAAAGGAGGCCCAGCUACCCCAUCCUCCAAAAAGGAUCCCACUCCCCCAGUGAUGACUCCUCCCUCCAUAAAAGCCCCGGCACCCAAAGGAGGCCCAGCCACCCCAUCCAAAGGGGAGCCUACUCCUCCAGCAGUGACUCCUCCCUCCCCCAAAAAGGCCGCAGCAUCUCCAGGACCCAAAGGAGACUCAGCCACUCCAUCUUUCAAAGGGGAGCCCACUUCCCCAGUGAUGACUCUUCCCUCCCCCCAAAAGACUCCAGCAAUAUCAGCACCCAAAAGAGGUUCAGCCACCCCAUCCUCCAAAGAGGAGCCCAGUUCCCCAAUGGUAACUCCUUCCUCACCUACAAAGACCCCAGCACCCAAAAGGGGCCCAGCUACCCCAUCCUCCAGAGAGGAUCCCACUCCCCCAGUGGCGACUCCUCCCUCCAAAAAAGCCGCAGCACACAAAGGAGACCCAGCCACCCAAUCCAAAGGGGAGCCCACUCCCCCAGUGGUGACUCCUCCCUCCCCCAGACAGGCUCUAGCACCCAAAGGAGGCCAAGCCACCCCAUCUUCCAAAGGUGAUCCCACUCCCCCAGUGAUGACUCCUCCUUCCCCCCCAAAGGCCCCAGCAACCCCAGUACCCAAAGGAAGGUCAGUCACUCCUUCCCCCAAAAAGGCCCCAGCACCCAAAGGAGGCCCUGUUACCCUAUCUUUCAAAGGGGAGCCCCUUCCCCCGAUAGUGACUCCGCCCUCCUCCGAAAAGGCCCCAGCAACCUCAGCACUCAAAGGAGGCCCAGCUACCCCAUCCUCCAAAGAGGAUACCACUCCUCUAGUGAUGACUUCUCACUCCAAAAAAGCCUCAGCACCCAAAGGAGGCCAAGCCACCCCAUCCAAAGGGGAGCCCACUCUGCCAGCAGUGACUCCUCCCUCCGCCAAAGAAGCUCCAGCACCCAAAGGUGGCUCAACCACCCUAUCCUCCAAAGGGGAUCCCACUCCCCCAAUAGUGACUCCCUCUCCCAAAAAGGCCCCAGCACCAAAAGGAGGCUCAGUUAACCCAUCCUUCAAAGGGGAUCCCUCUCUCUCAGCAGUGAGUACUAUCUCCCCUAAAGGGACCUCCACUCCCCCAGCUAUGACUCCUCCCUCCCCUAAAAAGGCUCCAGGUUCCCCAUCCUCCAAAGGGGAUCCCAAUCCCCUAGCACCUAAAGGUGGUCCUAUUACCCCAUCCUCCAUAGGGGAUCUCACUGCCCCAGCAGUGACUCCCUCCCCCAAAAAGGUCCCAGCAUCCAUAAGAGAUCCAACCACUCCCUCCAAAGGGGAUCCCAGUACUCCAACAGUGAUUCCUCCCUCCCCCAAAGAGUUCCCAGCACCAAGAGAAACCCCAGUUAACCCAUCCUCCAAAGGGGAUCUUACUACUCCAGUGACUCCCUACCCCCAAAAGGUCCCAGCACCCAUAGGAGAUUCAACCACUCCCUCCAAAGAGGAUCCCAGUCCUCCAACAAUGAUUCCUCCUUCCCCCAAAGAGUUCCCAGCACGCCAAGAAAGCCCAUCUUUGGGUCUUACCCCAUCCUCCAAAGGGGCCCUUACUCCCCUAGCUGUGAUUCCUCCCUCCUCCAAAGAGGCCCAGGCAACUCCAGCCCUCAAAGGGGCUUCCACUCCCCCAGUUAUGACUCCUCCCAAAAAGAUCCCCUCCCCCAAAGGUACUUCAUCCAAAGAGGCUCCCACUCCUCCAGCUCUUACUCCUAUCUCUCACAAAGGGGCCCCAUCCUCCAAAGAGGGCCAUAUUCCCUCAGCCAUGACUUAUCCCUCACCCAAAGGGAUCCGAGCUUCCCUGUCCCCCAAAGAGGCCCCUAUUUCCCCACUUGUGACUUCUUUCUCCUCUAAAGACCCCCCUACCUCCUCAGCUUCAGUAACAUGUACCCUGGGGUCUGUUGCCCCUCAGGCAUCUAAAGCGCUUCCAUCAAAGGGACCCGCAGCUGUCAAAGAAGCACUUAUUGCCCCAGCUCCCACUCAGAAAGGUGCACAGGCCAAGAAGAGUGCUCCUUUGUCUCCUGUGUGCCCAGAUCCCUCAACUAAGAAUGGUUCCAGAGGACCCCUUUCCACAGUGGCUCCAGCCCCUCUACUCAUAGUCCCUGCUCAGAAAGGCUCUUCAAAGACUGCAGAAGCUCUCCCUGUUUCUCCUGGGAAAGGCAAAGAUUCUGUUCAUUCCCCAGUGGGCCCCUUGGCUCCUCCUGAGUCUAAGGCAUCUACCCCUCUGGCAGCAGCUGCCUCUGAAAAUGUCUUUCCUAAAACUGGAUUACCGUCUGUCUCCCCAGCACCUACCCCACCAGCCUCUCUGCCUCUCACUCCCACCCCAGUUCCCCCUCUGCUUCCUAAACAGCAAUUUCUGCCGUCCUCAACUGGGCUGGUGCUGGAAUCAUCCUCUAAGCCCCUAGCCCCUGCUGAUGAGGAUGAGCUGCCGCCUCUGAUUCCCCCGGAACCAAUCUCUGGGGAAGUGCCUUUCCAGUCGGUCCUCGUCAACAUGCCCACCCCCAAACCUGCUGGAAUCCCUGCCCCAACCCUCUCUGGCAAGCAGCCUGUUCUGAAGAACAACAAGGGGUCUGGAACAGAAUCUGACAGUGAUGAAUCAGUACCAGAGCUAGAGGAACAAGAUUCCACACAGGCAACCACACAGCAAGCGCAGCUGGCAGCAGCAGCUGAAAUUGAUGAAGAACCAGUCAGUAAAGCAAAACAGAGUCGGAGUGAAAAGAAGGCACGGAAGGCUAUGUCCAAACUGGGUCUUCGACAAGUUACAGGGGUUACUAGAGUCACUAUCCGGAAAUCUAAGAAUAUCCUCUUUGUCAUCACAAAACCAGAUGUCUACAAGAGCCCAGCUUCAGAUACCUACAUAGUUUUUGGUGAAGCCAAGAUCGAAGAUUUAUCUCAGCAGGCACAGCUAGCAGCUGCUGAGAAAUUCAAAGUUCAAGGUGAAGCUGUUUCAAACAUUCAAGAAAACACACAGACUCCAACUGUACAAGAAGAGAGUGAAGAGGAAGAGGUGGAUGAAACAGGUGUGGAAGUUAAGGACAUAGAAUUAGUCAUGUCACAAGCAAAUGUGUCGAGAGCAAAGGCAGUCCGAGCUCUGAAGAACAACAGUAAUGAUAUUGUAAAUGCUAUUAUGGAACUAACAAUGUAACCAUCAAAACAAGGAGGACUUUUUUGGUGUUUCAAAAGAGUAACUGCAGCUUGGUUUGAAAUUUGUACUGUUUCUAUCAUUAAUAAAGUUAUGGCUUCUUGUUGGAUGAAUU